AGUUCACUUCACACAGAGGUGCAGUAAUUGCAUGUUUUAGUGAGGAUUUUAUAGAUUCAAGAUGUUUCAGGGUUCUUCUGAGCGAGUGGAUGUGAUGGUGGCUAUCUAUGAGAGUGUAGAUGCUGUUAGAGGUCACGACCCUGAAACAAAGACGAAAGAUGUUGAUGCAAAGAGACGUCUAGAUGCACAACGCACAGGAGGAGACACUGCAUGGAGCAGGUGUUUCAGAGUGACUGCAGUGUGUGUGGUGCUGCUGUGUGUUCUCCUGUUGACUGCUAGCACAGUGCUGUGGAUCAAAUACAACAUCAUGACUACUGAAAACAACCAGCUACAGACCAAUUACAACAACCUGACUAUAGAGAGAGACCAGUUAUUGACAAGUAACAAAAACCUGACUAUAGAGAGAGACCAGUUACAGAGGGAGACAGAUGGAUGUCUGAGGAAAUUUUGUGAUUUGUACAAACACAGGUGUUUCAGCUUCAACUCCAGUCUUUAUUUCAUAUCUAAUGAGAGCAAGAGCUGGACUGAGAGCAGACAGGACUGCAGGGACAGAGGAACAGAUCUGGUGAUUAUAAACAGCAGAGAGGAACAGGAGUUCAUCGGUAAACAGCUGGGCACUUUUGAGGGUUGGAUUGGUCUAAGUGACAUGGAUACAGAGAAAGAGUGGAAAUGGGUGGACGGUACACCACUGACUACUGCGUUCUGGGCUGAAGGGGAACCGAAUGAUGUAGGUGAUGAAGACUGUGCUGUAAUUUUUAGUGCUCCAAAUGUGACCAUCUGGAAUGACAAGAAAUGCUAUAUUAAACAACCCUGGAUCUGCAAGAAGCAUUUUUCAUAGUGAAGUUUAUUAUUUUAUUAUAUCAUUCUGUUUUGCCAGUACUGUCUCUGAGUGUGUGAGUCUCUUUGUUGGAGUGGUGAGCUUCACUGGUGUUAUUUUAAUGUAGUAAAAAAAAAAACAGAAUAAUAGUAAGUAAGGAAUAAAACAUUUUGACCCAUGCAAUUGCAGUUGUUUUUCGUGACUGAUUUAAUUAUUAAUUUGCUGCUCUGUAGCACUGGCCAUUUUUUGUACUUUCCCACAGUCUCCUUAUGGGAUAAUGACAAGUUUCCUCAAAUAAUCUAAACCUCAAACACACUUAAGUUAAUACAUACAUG